UACAUCGUCAUAUUUUUAAAUUAAAAUAUAUACUACCCCUGUGUACUCUCUCUGUCGAGUAUCGGGCGGGGUAUAUAAUCACCAUAAAACAAAAAAAAGAAAACAAAAAAAACAAGAGCACAACAACUUACACCAAAGAUACUUACAUUUCAAGUACCGUGAAAUUCGAAUACCCAAAAGUCAUGUUAAACAGCGCAAAUAACAAUUCUCUCCAGCAUCCGGUGGCUAACUCUUCCGAAAACACCAUGAAUGGCUAUAACCGAAAGGCGCCGCAAAAACGGCGGUAUGAAAUGCCAAAAUAUGCUGUACCACCAAAGAAGAAAACAUGCAAGGAGCGGAUACCACAGCCGAAGAAUACAGUGGCAAUGCUAAAUGAGUUAAGAAAUGGACUGAUUUACAAAUUGGAGUCACAGACUGGUCCGGUGCACGCACCUUUAUUUACGAUAUCCGUCGAGGUCGAUGGUCAGAAAUAUAUGGGCCAGGGACGCAGUAAAAAAGUAGCGCGUAUCGAAGCAGCAGCCACAGCACUUCGAAGCUUUAUUCAGUUUAAGGACGGUGCCGUAUUAUCGCCAUUGAAGCCAUCCGGCAAUUUGGACUUUACCAGCGAUGAGCAUCUUGAAAAUGGUAUUGAAAAUGUUGCCAAUGAUAAAUUGGUCGAAUACAUACAGAAGAUGAUAUUGAUGUUGACCGAAAAGAAACCCAACCUUACCUCGCUUGAACAAUCCACGUUGCGUCUUCAAACGUUUUGCAUGAGUCAGAAUGUCAGUAAGAGCGCCAUUACCGUCGAUGGGCAAAAGAAGGUGCCGGAUAAGGGUCCCGUCAUGCUGCUCUAUGAACUGUUCAAUGACGUUAAUUUUGAAUGCAUUAAUAUUGACAGUGCCCAAAACAACUGUCGCUUCAAAAUGACCGUAACCAUUAACGAAAAGAAAUUCGAUGGCACCGGUCCAUCGAAAAAGUUGGCCAAGAAUGCCGCGGCCAAGGCAGCGCUCGCCUCAUUGUGCAACAUCUCUUACAGCCCGAUGGUGGUGCCACAAAAGAAUGUGCCGCUUCCAAUUGAUGAUAAGUCCUCGUCCAUGGAGUUGCCGCAGAUACAUGCAGAUGCGAUUGGCAGACUGGUAUUGGAAAAGUUUAUGGAGGUUAUUAAGGGCCAGGAGGCAUACUCUCGUCGAAAGGUAUUGGCGGGCAUUGUUAUGACUGAGAACAUGAAUUUUUUUGAAGCCAAAGUAAUAUCCGUUUCAACAGGCACAAAAUGUGUCAGCGGCGAGCAUAUGAGCGUCAAUGGUGCCGUUCUAAACGAUUCUCAUGCUGAAAUAGUAUCUAGGCGUUGUCUACUAAAGUUCUUGUACGCACAGCUGGAUCUUCAGUGCAAUCAGGCCACAGCAUAUCAGUCGAUUUUCGUGAGGAAUACUGAUGGGCAAUACCCUUAUAAACUAAAAUCCGGGGUACAUUUCCAUUUGUAUAUAAAUACAGCACCUUGUGGGGAUGCACGGAUAUUUAGUCCUCACGAAAACGACACAGGUGUUGAUAAACAUCCAAAUAGAAAAGCUCGUGGUCAAUUGCGUACGAAAAUCGAGUCUGGCGAAGGUACAAUACCCGUUAAAAGUAGCGAUGGCAUACAAACCUGGGAUGGUGUACUACAGGGUCAACGAUUGCUUACAAUGUCAUGCUCGGAUAAAAUUGCACGUUGGAACAUUGUGGGUAUACAAGGUUCCUUAUUGUCUUCCAUAAUUGAACCAGUGUACCUGCAUUCCAUUGUAUUGGGGAGUCUGCUGCAUCCCGAGCAUAUGUAUCGUGCGGUGUGUGGACGAAUAGAAAAGUCUAUCCAGGGCUUGCCGCCGCCAUACCAUUUAAAUAAGCCACGACUGGCAUUGGUCACGUCGGCUGAGCCGCGCAAUCAGGCCAAGGCACCAAAUUUUGGUAUCAAUUGGACCAUCGGAGAUGGUGAAUUGGAGGUGGUCAAUUCGCUGACUGGCCGAACAAUUGGUGGUCAAGUAUCGCGAAUCACCAAGCAGGCGUUUUUUGAUAAAUAUGGAUUUUUAAUGAAAAACUUACCAGGUAUUUUGAACCGCAGUGUAAACGACUACGGCCAGACAAAAGCCAACGUCAAGGAUUAUCAGACGGCUAAACUAGAAUUGUUUAGCGCCUUCAAGCGGGAGGAUCUUGGCAGCUGGCUAAAGAAACCCAUAGAACAAGAUGAGUUCGUUUUUACCGAAUGACUGCAUUCAGCGAUACUAUAUAUGUUAAAAAAAGACAAAAGCAACGGCAAGCAAUUAAUAGAAUUAGAUCAAAUAGCUUUAAAGACAAAUUGUAAUAAGGAUACAAGUUUUGUGCAAAAACAGCGAAACAAAUUUCAUCUUGAUGAGAUAGCAAAUGAAAAUGAAGAGACCUGCCAACAAUGUGUCCCAAAAUAAGUAACGGCAAGCACGAGAAUGCUAAUGCUCGAAAUAUGAUAACGGACCCUAACGACGGCUCUAGAAUAUUUAUAGAAUAGAAUGUAGUCUUUAUGCUGGAACUGAGUAAAGGAGUAUUAUGGCGUUUUUUUUAAAUCAAUUCCUUUUAUAAUCAACACACACCCACAUACACUUUUUCUCACCAACAAUUUGAACCUCUCUCUCUCGUUGCAUUCUAUGCAACCCUCCCUCCCCCACUCACAUAAAAGCUUCUCGGCUAUACAAACAACACACUGUUAAAAUAUGAAAUUUGAAGCAGUUAAAUUAUUAUUUUAAUAUAUAUCAAUUUUUUUUUUUAUUCAUA